UCGACCUUAUUCAGGACGUACUGGCAGUGGUUUCUGGAAAUGAAUGUGCGUUUGUGUACCUCAGUGGACUCUUAAACCACAGAAAUCUUGAUAAACUUAGCUUGCGAGUGUAUACUUCUGGACCAUAAAGACACGACUUUUCGUCCAUCACUAUGCCGGGAGUGAAAGCAUCGGAUGAGGUGAAAACCUCGAAAGUGGAAAAUGGGACCGGAAGUAACAGUACCUCGCCAAAAUCAAAGCAGAAUUCGGGGAAGAAGAUUCUGGUGCGAGUCAAACUGCUUGAUCAACGGACGGAGGAAUUUCCGAUCGACAAACAAGGGAAGGGAGAGGAUUUACACACCGCCGUGGCUACCUCGUUGAAUCUUUUGGAGAAAGACUAUUUUGGUUUACAAUUCAUGGACUCGCAUGAAACUUUGACGUGGUUGGAUUUGGGGAAGCGGAUUUCGAAGCAGGUCCGAGAUAAGCCGUGGGAGUUCACAUUCGCUGUGAAAUUCUAUCCCCCGGAUCCUGGACAGCUGCAGGAAGACCUUACAAGGUACCUUCUCUGCUUGCAAAUCCGAAGUGAUAUUCUUUCUGGGAAGUUACCGUGCUCAUUUGUGACACACGCGCUCCUGGGUUCAUAUCUUGCCCAGUCGGAAUUGGGAGAUUUUGACGCCGAGGAACGAGGUCCGGGAUAUUUAAAAGGAAUACAGUUUGCCCCCGAGCAGGAUUCUGACUUGGAAGACAAAGUUAUGGACCUUCACAAAACACAUGUAGGACAAACGCCUGCUGAAGCUGACGGACAUUAUUUAGAAAAUGCCAAGAAAUUGGCAAUGUAUGGAGUCGACCUUCAUCCUGCCAAAGAUUUGGAAGGUGUAGAUAUCAUGCUUGGUGUUUGCGCCUCCGGACUCCAAGUGUACCGCGAUAGAUUGCGGAUUAAUAGAUUUGCAUGGCCUAAAAUCCUGAAAAUUUCCUAUAAAAGGAGUCAUUUCUACAUCAAGAUUCGACCUGGGGAGUUCGAAAGGUUCGAAUCCACGGUUGGAUUCAAGUUGGCUACUCCUCGAGCCGCAAAGCGCCUUUGGAAAACUUGUGUUGAGCAUCACACCUUUUUUCGGUUGGCUGUCCCUGAAACGCCGAGGAAGAAAGGUUCACUUUUUCCUCGCUUCGGCUCAAAAUUCAGGUAUUCUGGGAGGACGCAGUUUCAAACCAAGAGUGCCUUAAUUGACAGACCGGCGCCAUAUUUUGAGCGAACUCUCACAGGGAAACGGAUUUCUUCGAGAAGCAUGGAUGUACUAGGAAAGCAAACGCCGGAAAUGCAUCGUGGAGAUGCGAAGCGUCACACUAUGACUAAUCCUGAAGAAGUCGCAGAAAAAGAAGAGAAAAAGCGGGGUAAACGUACCCUUUGGGGAAGGUCGUACAACAACAACUUUGAAAGCCCUAAUAGCAUUGCCGAAGACCCACAGGAAAGUUCACUGGACGAUACCACAAAAUCCGAACAAACUAUGGCUGUAGCCGGUCCACUGACAAAAAUGGAUAAAAAGAGGCUGAAGAAGGAAAAAGAGGAGAAUAAGAAACUUGCUGAGAAAGAGAAACGUGCUCGUGAGCGCGAAGAACGUAGGCUCGAACGUGAGGAGAAAGAUCGCGAAAAGAAAGAAAAAGAACAAGCCAAGAAGGAGGAAAAAGAACGCAAGAAGCAUGAUAAAAAAGGCAAAGGCAAGAGUGAUCCAAAAACCGACGGGAGCCAGCUUGGAGCCGAAACAGGGGACACGACAUUGAGUGAGCAAGAAGCGUCUCCAAAACCCGCUGGAAAACUUGUCGAAGACAGCGAUGUAACAGAGGAGAGUGUAUCAAUUUUGGAGAAGUCUCCGAACACCAGCUUCGAGAAGCCGAUCGGAGGCGUUGCUGUGUUGCCACCCAUGGAACUGCAGAAAAUCAGGGAUCGAAAAGCUGCUGCCAAAGAAGCUGAAUCCACCGGAAAAGUGCGAACGGAUUCUCCCGGUCAAGAGCCGAAGAAGGAAGGAAUUCAUGGCGAGAAUUUCAAGAGAAAGUUUGGGAAAGAAACGGAGUUCUCAGUAGGUCCGUCAGCCACUCCGAAACCCAUGGCGGGUUCCCAGGAGUUUUUCUCCCCAUCAGCUGGCCCAGAAAGAGCAUCAACCCCUGCUAGAGAACACGACGUUCAUCUCAGGACCAACAUUUCGUCCACUGCGGCUCUUCUUCGCGACCGGAAAGAUUCCAAGCACACCAAAGAAUACACAUACGAAGAGUCUGAGCUGCAUGGAGGGAUGCAACGCAACUACGAGCCCAGCAAGGUUGGGUUCAGCUAUGAGCAAAAAUCACCGACGUCCCCGUCUGAAGAUGGAAGUCGACCUGCAUCUGCGACGGGUGCGCGGAUUGCGACUGGAGUAGCCUACAAUUACGCCACAGGGGAAGAAGCUCUUUUGCUGGAAUCCGCUAAGCGUCGUCAAGCCAAGAGCGUAUUGAAUACCUCCACUUCGUCCGCGAAAUCAGACUCAUCAACCGCGAGAAGUUCCUUCUUCUCUACUCCUUCAGGCGGAACUAAAUCACCGACUUUUGGUUACAACAAAGGACCGGAACCUUCAGUAAAAUUAUCAAUGCCGUCUGAGGCUCACGCCAACAUGCCUCAAAGUGGAACGAAAUCGCCGACAUUCGGUUACAACAAGGCGCUUGAAACAUCUAUGAAAUAUUCUGUAUCCGAGGCUCACGCCAAUGCUCCCCCGUCCAAGUUGAAAGCCCCUACGAAGUACAGCACUGUUAUCGAUGACCCCGCGGAAUUCAGAGCGUCUGCGGAACAAAAAACUUCGUAUAGUGGACUAAACGAUGUUCCGACGGAAGGUCGUCCUGAGCGGAAGACGUCCUACAGCACUGUUAUCGAUGACCCUGCGGAUUACCGUGCCUUGAAGGACAAGAAACCGUAUAGUACGGCCAUUGGCGAACAAACUGACAGGAAGGCAUAUAGCACUGCUAUUGGCGAACCAGCAGACAGGAAGUCGUAUAGUACCUCGAUCGACACUCCGUCGGACAGGAAGCACUCCGAGACAUCUGGCAUUCAUGCCCCCGUGGACAGAAAAUCCUCUGCUGGGAAUCCUACAACUCCAACGGGCUCAAAGAUUCCUGUUUUCAGCGGGAUGGUUGGCACCGGCAGCUCGUUGAAAGCCACGCCAAUCGUGAAGACGGAGAAAACAAGGAUUGGUGGGAAGAAAGCCGCAGUGAGGAGCAGCCCGAACGGAUCUUCGAGCGAAUCUUCUAGCUCUAGUUCCAGUGGGUCUUCGGGUGACAGUGACGUGGACAAUUACGCGGACGAACGGAUUCCGAACUUGGAAGGAGCGAGCGGAGCCUUGCCGCAAAAGUGGAAAGUUUCUGAGGAAACUUCGACUCCUAAGAUCAUCAAGACGACAACGAAGAAAACGAUCGUGAGCAACGAUGACGGCGUUGUCGAGAAUGUGGAAGAACAUGUCGAGGAUUUGUCCCCCGGGGUCACCGCGGGUGUUCUUUCUUCAACGAAAAAAACUUACCAGUCUCGACUGGAAGAUGAGAAGAAGCCGUACGUAUCAGCGACUGCCGCAGCUGUCACCACAAUGACUUCGACUACGCGUGAAGGGGAAGAUGGAAAGCGAGCUACAACGCAAGAGGUAGCUCUAGAAACUAUUUCAGAUCCUCUUGUGAUCUUCCUCUCGAGGAACGUGGUCAUGUGGCCCAGUUCCAUUGAUCGGAAGCUAUUGAUGGAAGGGAAGGCUUUUGCUACAACGACCACGACGAGUGCGACUCAACAGGAGCAACGAAUUGUGACCCAAGAACUGAAGAAGACUGCGCAAGUUGUUACAUCGGAUUUCUCGCAACACGAUCUGCCUCCGUCUGUAAUCCGCCCGGAGUCGAUGAAAUAUGAUUCGUCCGUGACCGAUGCCCGUCAUCACGUGAAGCACUCUUCGAGUGAAAUUCCUGUUGUGGAAACUGAAACACGAAAGGUGGCGGUUCGCUCGGAAGAUGGAGCCGCGCAUCUCGAAGGGGAGAUAAUUUCGUCGCAAAGUGUUUCCUCUAAAACUCGCACAGUGGAGACCAUUACUUACAAGACAGAGAAAGAUGGUGUUUUGGAAACCCGAGUUGAGCAGAAGAUAACGAUUCAGUCUGAUGGAGAUCCCAUCGAUCACGACAAAGCCCUUGCAGAAGCUAUUCAGGAAGCCACGUCCAUGAACCCGGACAUGACUGUGGAGAAGAUCGAAAUUCAGCAACAGUCGAACCAUUGAGGAAGUUUUGUAACGAAUGGCGCUGGUUCUCCCGAGCAUCUUUCCUUGCCUAACGCUCCCAAAUGCUAACUUCCCGUCUGGAUUUGCUAAAGCAAAAAAAUUUGCUUCCCUUUUUGUGGCAAGCUCGAACCUCGCCUUGUGGGGGUUUUUUCUCUGUUGCUUUGAAAAUGAACAGCAAUAUUUAGGGAUGAAUGUUUCAUGCGUAUCCUUGGCUUGGAAGUAUUCAUGGGUGUUUGCUGUAUUUCACUUGGCAAAAAGGGCGUUCAUUGUGUGAAGUUCAGGAAAACAGUCGAAAGAAAGGUCGAACAUUCCAAACAUCCGUAGCGUGACGUGAAACUAAUUCUGGGAAUGUGUAGUUUAAACCUGUGGAACGUGUUCCCUUUGUAUUCAUUCAGCUCCUACUCGGCAUUCUAUGCAUUUCCCAUUUUAUGCGCUGCAGAGGAAGAUAUUUUAUUUGCAAAUGCCGCUAUUCAGGAUUCAGUUCGUGUUAGAAAGCAUUACGUCCAAUGGAAAAGUAUAUCGGAUUUUUUUGUGAAUUAUUUUAGUUUGAAUCUCGCUGCGGUGAUGCCAGUUGACGAUUGCGACGAGGAUCAUUUUUAUUACUUUUUUGGCAGGUGUUAGCAGCUAUUGUAUUCAACAGCAGACUGCCUGUAUUGCAUUGUUUUAUGAGAGCAUUCAUGCUAUUUUAGUUAUGGAUCAGUAAGGACGGCGAAUAUGCAGCACUUGUUUUCCAACUUUCCCUCUUUCUGAAAGGCGCAAACUUUGGCGAAUGUUCUGAGAAGAGUUUGAAAAAGUUUACUUGGAAACGUGGAAUUUCCUUGUGUAAUUUCUUGGCAACGGUUGCCUGCUCAUGUUUCGAAUGAAAAAAAAAAUUUGCUUUCUGCUUCACAGUAUGGUCCAAUGAAGUGGCAGCCACUUCCCUUGUACAAUUUUGGAGCGAUUCUGGAAUGUAUUUAAAUGAAUUUAUCCAAGGCAGGAAUGCGUUCGACGAAUGAGGAAAGUAAUCGCUUGAGAAACUGAGUUCCUGGGAUUAUGUCAAAGGCGGAAAUAUUUUUCGAAGAAAUCUGUCCCACUGCGUAAUAAGCUACAAGUUCUUGGGUGUUUCCUAAAGCUUUGUGUUCCGCGUUGACUGACUUUUUGUGAUGAGAGGAUUAUAUUGUAACAAUGCUGCACCUUUGCGUCCUGAUGGCGGGCGAGGGAAGUUUACAGUUUUUUAGUUUUCCCCUACCUUUUGUUUCCACCUUGUGUUUAUUCGCUUGUGUCUGAUCAAAUAAACUGAUGCUUCAAUUAUA